AUGGCUUUCGCUGUUAUCAACCGAGCGAGGUACAAAGAGGAUCAGGGAGGGGGGAGCUCGCCUCGAGACACGCGAAUAGAUGCUUUAGGUCUGUGGGAAUACGAGUCAGCGAGGAUGAGAGGUCCUCGUUCAGGCGUGUCUCCGAUCCAUCCUGCUCCAGGGUCAGUUCUCGGAGACGUGUAUCAUCCUGAAGCUCGUCUAAUAUCUCGGUUAUUAAGAGUCACUCAGUAA